AUCAGUAGGUUUUGGUCAUUCAUUCGUAGAAGUAUUAAACGGGCGCGAUUACCAAUACUUCAUAAUUUCGUUCUUGACCUCUUGUUCUCUAUUUUUUUAUUAAUGUAUGCAGCAAAACACGUAUAAAAAAAUAUUUAAAUAAUUUUUGUUUAAAAAUGGAGUUUUUACUACGAUUAAUACAAUUAAUUUUAAAAUUAAUCUCUAUUGUGAUUUAUCCACUUUUGAAACUAUUAUUGCCGCGAAAAGGUCCAUCCACCAUACCGCCAAUACGCAAUCAAUUGGUAACACUACCAGUAGUUGAAGUGAUAAAAUUGAUGAAACUGCGAAAGCUAAAAUCUGAGGUUCUGGUGAGAGCUUACAUAGAACGUAUCAAAGAGGUAAAUCCUCAUGUCAAUGCAGUAGUGCAAGAUCGUUUCGAAGGUGCGCUGGAAGAUGCGGUGCGAACUGAUGAACUAAUCGCCAAAACCUCAGACGAACAAUUAUCACCACUUUUUAGUCGCUAUACCUUAUUAGGUAUACCUUUUACGGUAAAAGAAUCAUGCGGUUUGAAAGGCAUGUCAAUUUGUGUUGGUAGCCGUCAGCGCGCCCAUAUGAUAAGCUCCGCGAAUGGUGGAGUAGUGAACAAUGUGGUUGCAGCUGGUGGCAUACCAUUACUGGUCUCCAUAACGCCGGAAUACUGCUUCAGCAUGGAAACAAUUUCAGCAACACAAAAGCGGUGCUUAAAUCCACACGACAGCAGACGGACACCUGGUGGAUCUUCCGGUGGAGAAGGUGCUUUAAAUGGUGCAGGCGCCAGCUUGUUCGGUAUUGGUUCUGACAUUGGUGGUUCGAUACGAUAUCCGAGUUUAUUUAAUGGUGUCUUCGGUCACAAACCCACAGGCGGUAUUAUAUCAGUUGAAGGACAUUUUCCAGACACCAAAAACAAGAAUAGCCUUUCGUUGGGUCCAAUCACCCGGUUUGGUCGUGAUUUGGGCGUACUUAUGCAAGUUAUAGCCGGUGAAAAUGCUGCAAAAUUGGAUCUACUAACACCGGUGGAAACAAAGGAUAUUAAGUUAAUUCCUACUUUCCCACAGAUUUUUUACGCACUUGGAUUUGAUGGGCUUAAUGGUAUUUUGCAUACUUCGCCCGAAACGGAGAUUAAACUUUCUAUUUUGACUGCUUUAAGGUACUUAAAGAGUCGUGGAUGUGAAGUUGAACGGGCAUCCAUGAGUGAUUUCAGAAACUCACUCGAAAUCUCGUUCGGCAGCAUGACAUUGUCAGAUGACUUUCCUUAUUUAAUCAACACUUCAAACCCAAAUAAAAAAAAAGAAAUUUUAACUGAAAUGGGCAAAGCAAUAGUAGGCAAAUCGGAAUAUACCAGAGACGCUUUAUACUUUGAGUCCAUAAGACGUUUUAACGCCGCAAUACGCACGGAAAAUAUAUUGAAAUACAAAGCUGAAGCUGAGGUACUGAAAGCUAAGUUUGCUAAAAUGCUCGGCAAUAAUGGCGUUUUCUUUUUUCCUACAUUUCCUGUACCAGCACUUUAUCAUAACUCUUCGAUAUUGUUUCUCAGUAAUGUAGAUUAUUGUAUGAUAUUUAAUAUACUUGGCUUUCCGACAACUCAUAUACCCAUGGGACAUGAUGACGACGGCUUGCCGGUCGGUUUUCAAGUGGUCGCAGCGCCAUACAAGGAUAAGCUAUGCUUUCAAAUUGCUGCUGAAUUAGAAGCGGGAUUUGGAGGUUGGGUUGUGCCCACGCCACAUAAACUGGAUCCGUUGAAAUAGAAUAAAUAAAUUCUUGAUUAUUAUACUCUUAGUAAUGUUAAGUUUUUAUUUGAAUUUAAAAGUUGAAAUUCAUUUUAAUAAUUUUUAAAUAUAAAUAUGGUGUUUAAAGGUUCGGUUUCCA